GUCGGAGUCGGAUGUGCAGCACUUGUUCGCACGCCUGGCUUACUCUGCCUGCUCGUCGUCUACACUAGAGUGAGCGUAGUAUGACUGCGGGCUGCAAGUCUGACGGGCGGACACGACGGGGGCCUGGACGGGUUGCAUGCCAUAGGCGGGCUCAGGGAUCUGCAGACCAGAUGGCCCUUGUCGCCGCUGGCUCACUAAUUGCUGUAAACCCCAGCCCAGGUGCUGGUGCUGGUCCUGGUGCUGGUCCUGGUGCUGGUGCCAGGCCGCUAAGAUGCCGUCCGUCCUGUGCCUUACUCUCCAUCAUACUCGCUCUUGCUGCUACCUACCUUACUUGCCUACUACUUGCUAUUACUACCGCCUUCCCAGCCAACCCCUCCUCGCAUCUAGCCGCGACGCAAUCGUGACUUUGUCUCGAAUCCCGCUCUCCUGCAUC